AUGGCAAAUGUCACAGUCUUUUACAACAUCACAUUUUUGCAUGAAGACAGAGGAAUACCUUUUAAAGCCAUUCUUUCCAUGACACCAUGCUUCUUCUUCCUCUACAUCAACUUUGUCAUGCUGGUCGCGCUGAGGAGCAAAGCCAUCUUCCGAGAGACCUCGCGAUACAUCCUUUUCACCAACAUGCUAUUUGCAGACUCUCUGCAGCUGCUGAUCUGCAUGCUGCUGUACAUGUUUGCUGUGGUGAGACUGUACAUCAGUGGUGUGGCAUGCUUUAUUAUGGUAGUCACUGGAGGGAUGACUGCUCGUAUCUCCCCGCUAAACCUGGCCGUUAUGUCUCUGGAGCGGUACGUCGCCAUUUGCUUCCCUCUGAGACAUGCUGAGAUCGCCACCAGCAGGAGGACAGGUGUGGCUAUUGCCAUUGUGUGGUUUCUGGGCUCGCUCAACUCCCUGACUGAUGUGACUUUGUUUGUGAUCUCAGGGUCCUCCUUUGCCACCAUAUGGGAAUUCUGCUCCGGAUCCAUGAUGUUUCAGCUGGAGGUGUCUGCAGACAUAAAUGAAGCUUUCCAGAUUCUCUACUUCCUGGUGGUGGGAAUCAUCAUUAUCUACACAUAUAUCAGCAUUGUGGUUGUUGCUAGGACAGCUGCCACAGACAAGGCUUCAGCUGCCAAGGCUCGUAAGACAGUGCUGCUGCACCUGAUCCAGCUGUUACUAUGCCUCGCAUCCACACUCUUUGACACCGUAGUCUUAGUGGUAAAUGCACGCUUGGACCGCAUGUCUGCCUUAAACGUACAGUAUGCCAUGUUUCUGGGGCUGGUCAUCUUUCCAAGAUGUCUCAGUCCUCUUAUAUAUGGGUUGAGAGACCAGAAUGUCAGGUCCCUUCUUAAAUACUAUUUUACCUGUGGCUUUAGGAAUACAAUAAAACCGAUUAACAUUGCACUGUAA